AAAGAAAGAGGGACAUUUUCGCACUUUAAAAUUUUUUAACACCACCUGUCCUUCGUUGCAAAGUAACAAAACUCAAAGCUCGCGCUGUCAUCGCCAAUGGUGGAGACUCUCUCUGCACCACAAACAAACAACACCGAAUACUGUAAAAAAAACCCACCAUAAAAAAGAUUGUAACAAAGAGAAAUAAACUAUCAUUUUUCGAGCUUUGCUCACUAAAGAAGACGAUGAAGAAGAAGAGUGGUGAAGUUCUUCGUUUUGCGCAAAGCAAUGCCCCUUAAAUUUCUGAAUUCAAUGCUCUCCUGUUGAAAAAACUUUCUCGAAGAUUGUAAGCAAAAAAGGUUAAAAAAAGAAAAGAAGAAUCACUUUAAGCAUAGAACUAAGAGAAAAAAAUUUCUGAAGAGUAGAUCCUGUGAAGAAGCUUUUGGUUCCUGCUUGAAACCCUUAGAAUCUAUUUCUUCUCAAGUUUCAUCAACGUAGUCGUCACUUUCCAUUAACAAAUCGGCUCUGGGUUUUUGUCGGCAAUGCAAGUGGUGAAACCAAAAGGAAACGUUAAAGCUCUUGUUAAUGGUGAAACACUGAAGUUUUUAGCUUAAAGCAGAUUUUAAGUUUGAGAAGAAAAGAUGGCAUCGUGGGAACAUUUCGGAGAAAUUGCGAACGUAGCACAGCUCGCAGGCUUUGAUGCGGUGCGGUUAAUAGCCAUGAUAGUUAAAGCGGCAAGCACGGCUCGAAUGCAUAAGAAGAGUUGCCGGCAAUUCGCUCAGCAUCUUAAGUUGAUCGGUAACUUGUUGGAGCAGCUCAAGAUCUCGGAGCUUAAGAAGUACCCUGAGACGAGGGAGCCUUUGGAGCAGCUCGAGGAUGCAUUGAGGAGGUCUUACAUUUUGGUGAAUAGUUGUCAAGAGAGAAGCUAUUUGUAUGUUUUGGCCAUGGGAUGGAACAUUGUUUAUCAGUUUAGGAAGGCACAGAGCGAAAUCGACCGGUAUUUGAAGAUCGUUCCUCUUAUCACUCUCGUUGAUAAUGCUCGAGUCAGGGAGAGACUUGAAGUUAUCGAGAAAGAUCAACAUGAAUACACAUUAGAUGAAGAGGAUAGAAGGGUGCAAGAUGUGAUAAUGAAACCCGAACCCUCGGAAAAUGAUACCAUGAUCUUGAAAAAAACUCUUUCUUGUUCAUACCCAAACAUGCGUUUUAAUGAAGCACUGCAAAAGGAAAAUGAAAAGCUUCGAUUGGAGCUACAACGUUCGCAAGCUAAUUAUGAUGUGAAGCAGUGUGAAGUAAUCCAGCAUUUGCUUGAUGUAACGGAAGUUGCAGCUUCUAUUCCCGAUAAGAGUUCAUCCCCAAAAGUGUCUAAGAAAGUGGAGCGUAAUUACUCAGAUGUGGAUAAUGAAAAAGGUCAUUCGUACAAUGAUAACUCUCCUAAGAAACCUGAUUCUCGCAUGACUUCAAGAAACACUUCUUCAGUUUCAUCGGGACAUGAUCUACUCUCUGAUAGAGGAUCACAUCGGUAUGAAGAAUGGAAUGCUGAUUUGCUUGGUUGUUUCUCAGAACCAUCUCUGUGUAUAAAGACAUUCUUUUAUCCUUGUGGUACGUUUUCAAAGAUUGCUACCGUUGCAACAAACAGGCAUAUGUCUUCUGCUGAAGCAUGCAACGAAUUAAUGGCGUAUUCAUUGAUAUUGUCGUGCUGUUGCUAUACUUGCUGUGUUAGAAGGAAGCUUCGCAAGGCAUUGAACAUUACGGGCGGGUUUGUCGAUGAUUUCCUCUCUCAUUUGAUGUGCUGUUGUUGUGCCCUCGUUCAAGAAUGGCGAGAGGUAGAGAUUCGUGGGAUUUAUGGUCCUGAGAAGACUAAAACAAGCCCUCCACCAUCACAGUUCAUGGAAUCAUGAGUGAAAAAAGUACUGAAGAGACAUUUUCUUGGGAGGUUUGUAUAAAAGCUGAACAUAGAAGGUAACUCUAGUUGCCACUUAUUAAAUUGAACCUGUACUAAAAGAUUGCUUUUCUCUUUGAACCUACAUACACAUAUAUAUUGUAUUUGUAUGUAAAUUAGUGAGAUUAUUAAUGGAGAUUGAACAUAUGUUGUUGUUGUAUGAGAAA